AUGUUGUACGCGAUAUGUAGUGCAGCAGUGUCGCAGGGUGACAGGUUAAAAAGGAUCGCACCACCGCCGUUUAUUGUUGGAGGUGGUAAAGAAAAAACGGAAUCUCGCGCGGGAGCGGAGCGGGCGCGCUCCGUACGUUUCCGAACUGAUAGCGCGAUACGAGUGCAGUCGUUGUACGAAUUCAAGGCCUGGCGCUGCGCCCGCGCACCGCGGCGCGAACUGCAGCGCGCACACGGCCGCGCGCACGCACACUCACGCGCGCGCGAG